UUUUCUGAUGUUUUGACUUUGUUGUGUAAUUUUAUUAAACAAUUGAAUGAUUCAUUUAUCAGUAUCAUUUAGAAUUAAGAAAAAAUGUCGACAAAAGCUAGAAAAUCUUCAAAAAUAAAUUCUUCCAUGUCUAAUUCUAAAUUGUGGCCUGAAUGGUCAGAUGAUAAAAUAAAUACAGAAAAAUGGAAUAUUCCGAAAGGGAGUGCUAAUGAAUUUUUUGAAGAUCCACAUGCUCCAAUUUUGCCUCCAUCUUUAAAGCCUUACUCCUGGAAACGACCUCAUCUAAUAAAUAAUGCUGAACCUGUGCUCUAUAUAUCGUCAUCAAAACUUCCUGAUUUUUUUAUAAAUAAUCAACAUAUUUUUCAUUGCCAGUUCAUUAAAUGGUUUAUUUCUUCAUUAACAACCUUGCACUAUCAUGGAAGAGAAGGAUUAAGAAUAACAGAGAGUCCUAAUUUUGUAUGGAAAUUAAAAAAUAAACCGUGGAAAGGAUGGUAUCAUAUCUAUUCGCUAAAUAAAGUAGAAAGAAAAUCACAGCACAAUCCAUUAAUUAAUCCUUAUGGGAAAUAUAUUGUGAGACUAUUUUUCGGUGGAACUUGGAGAAGUAUUGAGGUAGACGAUUUAAUCCCUCUCGACAAAGAAGAUAAUCCUCUCCUCCCUCGUACAGAAAAUAAUCAAGAGCUUUGGCCGAUAAUCUUGGCGAAAGCCAUGUUGAAAGUCAUUUCUACAGCAUGGAAACCAUAUGAAGAUAUAGAUAAACAAGAAAUGGAUGAACCCAUAAAUAUUAAUUUAAUUUAUUUGUUGACUGGGUGGACAUGUUUACCUUUAGAUAUUUCUCAUUUAUAUCCAAAUGAUCGAUGGGAGUUAUUAUCGAAAUAUGUAGCAAAAUUUACAGAUUCAGAUAUUCUAAAAGACAAUAUUUCAAUAGAGAAAAAUGAUAAAACAUCAAGAGCCUCUGUAGAAGAUAAUAAUGAAGGUAAAAAACAUCGUAGGAAAUCAAAGGGUAGUACAGCAAAUAAUAGUAUUCUUUCUGAUUAUCCUAUUCAUGCUGAACUUGUUAGUGAUAUUUCUUUGGAUCCUACUCAAAUAAAGUCACCAUUAGAAAAUUGGAAACGCCAUCGAUGGUUUUGUUGGGCCUCACAGCAAGGAAUUAUGAACCCUAUUGAUUAUACUACUCCAACUCGUCUCGUGCUUUUAUUCACCCCAUUUUUAUAUCAUCAUCAGAGCCAAUCUUCUUUGCAAGAUGAUGAAAACAACUCAAAUCAAUUUUUUACAUGGUUUGAUUUCAAUGAACUUUCAAAAUAUUCCAUGGAGAUAAGUUUCCUGUUUAAAAGUAAGAAAUUUAAAUAUUCUAUGAACAUAUCAGAUGCUAUUGAAGCUGAUUACCUUCAUCAUAACGAUGAUAAGAAGUCUUUUAAAAAUUAUUAUCAAUAUUUCCAUCAACCUGUCGGUUCAAAUCAUCAAUACAAAAGCUCUAGAAAUGCACCUUUGUAUUUUCUAAUUGAUUCAUUAGAAUCUAAAUGUAUUGUUUUUAAUUUUAAUAUUAUCCCUGACAUGAAGGAGACGUCAGUAUUAAUUGUUGAAAAGCAUUGUUGGUUUAAAAGAAGUUUAGACGAAAAACCACUGUUGAAAAUCAAAACAAUUAUGUCUUCUUCAAAGAUUCUUUCUCUAAGCUCUGGAAGGCAUUUAUUACGAAUAUUUAUUCAAUCUCCAAAUUCUUAUCAUUUAACUAUUCAAUCUGACACUAUUUUUGAAGUUGGAAAUCGUGAAGAAAUUCAAGAAUUGAUGACAUCAGAAUCAGAAACAUCUAAAAUAUUUACUGAAAAAAUUAAACAAUGCUUAAUAUCAGCAUUUGGUGCAUUUGGAUCAGAUAAAUAUCGAGAAAAUUUAAAAGCUUAUUAUCAGAGUUAUCUUCCAGAACAUAAAGUAUCAGAAAAUAGUGAUGAAUCAUACGCAUUAGAUAAAAAAGUAUCCAUAAAAAUUCACCAAUUAUUUAAGCAAGCUUUAAUUAAUUUUCUGAAAAGACAAUUCUUAGGGGAUGAUUUAGAGAGUAUUUUACAAUCUCUAAGAAUUUUUUUUAUCGAUCCAACUAUUGGAAGAAAUAAUUUAUAUGUAUCUGAAGGAACAAUAGACGAUGAUCAACGUAAUUCAUUUCAAAUUCCUUCUAUAGAAGAUAUUUACAAAACAAUAAGUAAUGAAGAAGGUUUUUCUACCAAUUCGAUCAAUAAUAUGGCUGAAAUUAAAGCAGCUAUAACUAUUCAAUCAUUUUGGAGGAUGUUUAGAGUGAAAUUUUACUGGAAGAUUCAUACAUUAGACUCUAAUGAAGAAAAAAGGAAAGAAAUAAAAAAUUUUUUAGAAUUAAUCAGUAUAAUGCUAAAUAAAGGUUUAAUUUUUGAUCUUGUGCGAGAUUUUCUCAGAAAAGAUCAUGAACUAAAUUGUUUCUACCCCAUUAUAAAUGAUUUUCCUUACAUACUCAAUAUCACUAAAAUAAAAGGAAAGGUUUCAAGUUUCAGUGAUAAAUUAUUACCAAUUUUUUGUUUGAUUGUAAAUGUACCAGAAAAUUCAACUGUUUUCACAUCGUUAGAUCUCUUUAUUGAUCUUCCAGUCCAUUACCUUCGUGUUUUCAACAAUGAUACUUGCCGGGAAGUCCAAAGAAAUAUCAACAAAGUUCUUCCAUACCAUUAUUCGAAAAAUCACAAGGGUUACACCAUUUUCAGUUACGGAUGGGUAACUUCUCAUGAUAAUGGUGAAGAUAAUCAUACUAGUGUCAAAAAAAGGAAAAGUCUUAUUUCCCAAAAGAAACAGCUUGAGUGGACUUUGCAUAUUGUAUCAAUAAAAGGAGAUCCUGAGUUUAUUUUUGUUAACAGCAAUGGUAGAAAUCAAUCAAUUCCAUCCGUAAUUGAUGUGCUAGAUCUAAAAAUAAGAGAAAUAUCAAACAAUUAUGUACCGAAUAUUUUAAAUAAAAUAUUUAGAGUUGCUGUUAAGACCUCAGGAAGUUGUUCGAUAGCUUUAAGAAUAAUUCUAAAUUAUGAAAAAGUAUCUAUGAAGAUUAAAUUGUUAAAUUCAGAAGAUAAAUUAUUGCGAGAGUUUUCUGCACAAUCUGGAGUGAUUAUCCCAGUAGUUUAUUUAGAAAAGAGUGGUUUGUUUUAUAUUGAGGCCUUGGUGAUGAAAAAUUCUUGGCCAUUGACUAAGAAGGAAUGGAACACUGUUUUGGAUAUUAAAGAAAAAAAAUCCUAUCGAUAUAGAAGCUUGAAAAAGAGUCAUGAUACAGCUGGUAAAUCAACGAAAAGAAAUGAUCAAGGCAAAGUAGUGAAGACUGAUGAUAAAAAAAAUAUUUUAGAGGCUCCUUAUUGGACUCUUCAAGCUAUAAUAAAUGAAAAUGAUGUUUUAGAAGUUUUUGAAGAUACUAGUAAAGAAUUGAAGAUUAAUGAAUUAAAAGAAUCAUGGUUUGCUGGUGAUCCUACGCGAUUGGAAAAAGGCAAAGCCAUCAGAGAAGCAUUUUUAGAAAAAUUUGGUUUGAAAAAUAAAGAUGAGUCGAUGAUACUUGUUGACUUGUUAGAUGAACAAGUUCGAACAUUAAAGCCAUAUUAA